AUGCGUCGUGAGCUAUUCAUUUUUCUGCUCCUACUAGGAGAAUGUGCAAACGUCAAGGUAAAAGUUGGUCACAUCGGAGCAGUGGGUUCUAUGAGAAAUGCGGAGAAAAUAUUGCAACUUUCAAAGGAGCAGCUCACCCAGGAAGGUGUUCUCGGCAAUGAUUUCGAUAUUGAAAUCCUGAACCAAAUGGGAUGCGGAGAAUCGUAUGAAGGUGUUGCGGUGGGUGCAGACAUGUACCAUGUUCAAGGAGUUCGUGCAUUUAUCGGACCUUACUGUAACGCUGAGUUGGAUGCCGUAGCAAAAAUGGCCACGUUUUGGAAUAUCCCAGUUGUGGGGUACAUGGCGUCAUCCAAUAGUUUUGCGGAUAAGACUAUAUUCAAAACUCUGGCCAGGGUGUCUUUAAGAACGACGAAUUCAUUGGCGGAGGCUGCCGCCGCGCUGAUCAAGCAUUAUGGAUGGAAUAAGGUCGCGAUCGCGACAAAUACUGGAGCAGUGGCUUUCGAGAGGGUUCAGUCAUUUGAGGAAGUUUUUCACCAGCGUGGAAUUAAUGUUGUUCGAAAGAUUAUGUUAGAGGAGUACACAAAUGCGAAAGCUAUCAUGAAUAGCGGACUCCUUCAAGAAUUGGAGAACAGUGCAAGAGUGGUCGUCUGCGCGUUUUCUUCCACCCGUGACAUGAACAAAGAAUUCAUGCAAGCUGUGACUCUUUCUGGAAUGAACAAUGCCAAUUAUGCGUGGAUUCUCCCGUGGCUUCAACUCGAGACAAAAGAUAUGGCUCCGUGGCUCGGCGAGAAUGGAGAAUAUCAACAGAAUGUUAAGGAUCAUUUUGCUAAUUCGUUUAUUAUCGACGAUGUAAAUGGAUUCGACAAUACCUUGGUGACUCCUUUCAAGGAAAGAUUGGAGGCGAGUGGAUACUCGACUGAUGACUUGGAAAUGAAAAACAUCUACGGCUACAUCCAUCUCUACGACGCUCUGAGAUUGUAUGCCUUGGCGGUCCGUGCAACGAUGAAUGAAACCGGAAACGAGAAUUCAUACUUGAACGGAAAAGAAGUUUGGAAUCACAUGAGACGUAUCACAUUCCCGGGACUUGUCUCCAAUGCCGGCGUCACUUCAGGGACAGUUAUGAUGGACGAUAUUGCGGAAAGAGCACCGGUUUAUGCGGCAUUCUAUGUUCCCCCGAAUAGUGACACAGUUCGUAAAGUCUGUGAGCUGGAGCCAGUCAUGCUCACCAAUUGCGACGGAACAAAAACUGGAAAUGGAUGUUACGAACUUCAAGUUACAGAUCUGUCAACUGGAUUCUGGCCGUCUAUUGAUGGAAGCUUACCAGCAGAUGAGCCAGCAUGCGGCUUCCGAAAUGAAAAAUGCGACUACACCACAUUGAUUAUCGGAGGAUGCAUUGUACUUCUGAUCAUUCUCCUUAUCAUUUGCUUCUUCAUCCUUUCAAGAGUCUGCGAGAAUCGUGCUCUGGCUAACACUCCUUGGAGGAUAUACCGAGAUGACUUUAGAACCAUUCAGGAGAAUGAGAUGAAGUCUAUGCUCUCGAUUGGCUCUUCAAAAACUAAAAUGUCCAAUAUGAGCAUGUUCGUGAAGCAUCACGCAGUUGUCGGAACCAACACCCAUGCUUCAUUCCAUCUGUACCCACAGAGAAGACCAAUUGUCUUUAACCGACAGGAUUUGCAAUUGUUGAAUCAAAUGAAACAGGCGGUACACGAUAAUUUGAAUCCCUUCCUAGGAAUGUCGUUCAACGAGAAAGAGGAGAUGGUUGUCUUAUGGAAGUUCUGCUCCAGGGGAACUAUUCAGGAUAUGAUCUACAAUCAGGAAGUUUCCCUGGACUCAAAGUUUCAUGGAGCUUUCAUUCGAGAUAUCACAUUGGGUCUCGAGUAUCUACACUCUUCAAUUAUUGGCUAUCAUGGAUCCCUUACUCCUUGGUCAUGUCUUAUUGAUCGAAACUGGAUGAUCAAACUUACAGACUACGGAAUUGCUAAUCCACUUGAACGAUGGGAGAAGCUGGGGCUGAUCUCAACGGAAACCCUGAAGGAAGGUGAUGACAAAAGUGGAUCCGCUCAGAAGACGAGUCUGCUCUACCAGCCGCCGGAAAUGUUGAAGAACAAGGAGUCGAACCGAACGAGAAGAAUGGACCAGUCAUGGGUGAAACAAUCACAAGCCAGACGACAAAUGGGGGAUAUUUAUGCGUUUGGAAUGGUUAUGCAUGAGAUUCUUUUCAGAGCCUUGCCCUUCCCAAAUGGAACAAAUGUCUCAGAAGUGAUGGAUUACAUUCGGGAUGGUACAAAGACGUUCCGACCUACUGUUCAUGAUAGAACACAAAUUCAUCCGGACCUUGUGGCGUUGUUGUUGGAUUGUUGGAAUGAGAAUCCGGAAGUGAGACCAUCAAUUCGUCGUGUUCGACUUAAUACGGAGAACUACUUGAAAGUAAAAGGAUCCCUCGUCGACCAGAUGAUGCGUAUGAUGGAACAAUAUGCGAAUAACCUGGAAAAACUUGUAGCCGAACGAACUGGAAUGUUAGAGGAGGCCAAUGUGCGAGCCGACAAACUUCUCGGACAACUUCUACCCAAAUACGUGGCGAAUGAGCUGAAAAUGGGAAGAUCCGUGCCGGCAAAGACAUUCGAUAUGGCUACGGUGAUGUUCAGUGACAUCGUGGGCUUCACAACAAUCUGCUCUUCGUCGACUCCGCUGGAGGUUGUGAGCAUGUUGAACAGUAUCUACAGCAAAUUUGACGACGCUAUUAAUAAGCACGGAUCUUAUAAGGUCGAAACAAUCGGGGACGCCUACAUGAUCGUCUCUGGAAUCCCCGAAGAAAACGGCAACGAGCACAUCAGAAACAUCUGCAACACGGCUCUCGAGCUAAUGCUUCUCCUCAAAACCUACGAGAUCCCUCAUCGCCGAAACGUGAAGCUCCGCAUCCGCCUUGGCAUCCACACUGGAACCGUCGCGGCGGGAGUCGUCGGUCUUACCGCACCUCGUUAUUGCCUAUUCGGUGACACUGUAAAUGUUGCCUCGAGAAUGGAGUCUACUAGUGAGCCGGAGAAGAUCCAGAUGAGCCAGGAAGCUCGCGACUUUUGUGUCAGGUACUACUCGGAAUUCCAAAUCACCCUCCGCGGAACCGUCGAGGCGAAAGGCAAAGGACCAGUGACGUCGUAUUGGUUGCUCGGAAAACAAUCUGAAAGUCAGAUGCAACAACAAAAUUUCUCACAGCUCGGUAUCUAGACUAAUCUUCUUACUAUUAGUCCUCCUACUUAUACAUAUAUAUAUUUUGUUGGCUCAUCCCUUCCCCGGCUUGUCGUCAAUGCAUUUACUUAAUUGUCUAUGGCUAUUUCAUCGUAUAAACAAG